GGGCCUCCCGGCGUCUUCAGGAUUGCCGAGUGACCGGGUCUCCGGCGUGCGCUCCAGGCCCUGCCUACAAACUGGUUUUCAAAGGAAGUUUGUGGUUUUUCUUCUUCUUCUUCUUUCCCUCUCUUUCCCUCCGUCGGGACAAAGACGAAUUAGCCGAGGACGAGGUCCCCGGAGGAGGAGGGGCCCGCUCGGCCGCGGAGGAGUUCCAUCAGGGCUGUCUGAGCCGGUCAGCAGCCCGGUGAGCGGCAGAAAGGAAGAGAGAAAAACAACAGACCCUUUCUCUUCCCUCCGCCUGCGGCGGGAAGGGACGGACGGAGCGCGUGUGCCUCUCUGGUGAGAACCGGGAAAAGCAAGCGGCCUGGCUGAGCCGAGAGGAGCGGGGCGGGACCGCAGCAGCCGCUGGGACCUCCCUGGAUGCCCGCGGCGGUCCUCUGCUCUGAGCCACGGAAGCAGCGCGAAGGAGCGAUGUUUGCAUAUUUAUUCGUUUAAUAGGAAAGAAAAACCACCGCUUCUGUUCUUCGGGAGCCCCCCAGAGGGCUCCUUUCCAAGUCUUCCCUUCUUGUAUGUGUUUCAAAAGGCUAGACAUGAAGCUGAUUGAGCGGUGUACCUGGUUAAUACAUCUAGGGUGAAGAAGACGCCCCCUCGUCUCCUCUCACCUCCUCGAGAAGCAGAAAAAUCUGGGGAUAGAUUAAAAAAUGAGGGGACACGGUAUGAUGAAGGGCCACCCCCGUGCCCCAGUGGUGUGCGCUGGGGCACGAAAGUGGCAGUUGGAGAGAUGUUGGAACCUAGCCUUACAUUCUGAAGGCUCCUCUGUUGACGCGGCUGCCACACGAUGAGACUUCAAGCAACUCUGAAAGCUGAGAGAACAGUUGCAACAGAGACCCAGGAAGCAAAGUCAUGGUUGCAACAGUCCAAGAACAGCAAGAGGAGAUAUUUGUCCAGGCUGUGAGGGAAAAGAGGCCACAGAGCUAUGAAGUUAGGAAGAGUUGGCACGACUGUAGGUUUUAAGACAGGUCAAAAAUUAUGCUAAUGUUUUCCUAGCAUGAGCAAACACACCAUUGAUCACAAUAGGUCAGUUUGGUAAAGGGGAGAAUUAAAAUUAAAAGACACCUAAAGCUAUUUUAAUAAGAUAUAGAGAUAUGCUGUAAUUUAAAGUCCCGACCAAGCCAGGCUUGUGAAUCCAGCAUUCAGAAAGCUGAGAAGAAAGACUAGCUUGGGCUAUAUAUCAAGACCUUGUAUUUUAAAAAAAAAAAGAGAGAGAUUAAUUUACAUUAAUCUCAAACAGACGCUCGGUGUAAUAUAUGGAAAGAUACUAUACCUAGCCAUAUCUGAAGGAGCAAUUUCAGAUGCCAUAAAGGCGAAUUAUUGUGACACAUACACAAUUUGUAUGUCAUAGCACUCAGAAAACUGCUCACUUGGGGACUCUUAGGAGCUUCCGGACUACACUUCCCAGGAGGUAUUGCGACAUGCUCCUCCUUGACCUCCCAUGAGCCUCUGGGCUCAGAACUCAGCCUCCACCGCUGGGGGCGGGGUAACGCCGGACUCCCGGAGUGCCGGAUUACGCACUUCCUCCUGGGGUUCGGAGGCCGAACCCUUGUGUGGCGGGUUCGAGUCCCGCCCCCUGACUCUCGGCUCUAGAACCUGAGUCUGGGGUGGGGUGCAUUCGGCCGGGUCACCUCUCCUCGCCGAGGGGCGACGGCACACCUCGGGCUUCAGCAUGGAGGACUACCUGCAGGACUGUCGAUCCGCUCUGCAGGAGUCCAGACCUCUGCAUGUUGUGCUGGGAAAUGAAGCCUGUGACUUAGACUCCAUGGUGUCUGCUCUUGCCCUGGCUUUUUACCUAACAAAGACGGCGGAAGCAGGAGAAAUCUUUAUACCAGUUUUAAACAUAAAUCGUUCUGAGCUUCCUCUACGAGGGGACAAUGUCUUCUUCCUCCAGAAGGUUCAGAUUCCAGAGGCUGCGCUGAUUUUCCGGGAUGAGAUCGACCUCCACACAUUGCACCAGGCUGGCCAGCUCACCCUCAUCCUUGUUGACCACCACGUCUUACCCAAAAGUGACGCAGCUCUGGAGGAGGCCGUAACGGAGGUGCUGGACCAUCGACCAAUUGAACAGAAACACUGCCCUCCCUGUCAUGUGUCAGUUGAGCUGGUGGGGUCCUGUGCUACCCUGGUGGCCGAGAGGAUCCUGCAGGGGGCACCAGAGAUCUUGGACAGACAAACUGCCUCCCUACUGCAUGGUGCCAUCAUCCUGGACUGUGUCAACAUGGACGCCAAAAUUGGAAAGGCAACCCCAAAGGACAGCAAAUAUGUAGAAAAGCUGGAGGCUCUCUUCCCAGAUCUUCCCCAGAGAAAGGACAUCUUUGAUUCUCUGCAAAAGGCAAAGUUUGACGUCUCAGGCCUGACCACUGAGCAGAUGCUCAGAAAGGACCAGAAGACCAUCUACCAACAAGGCACCAAGGUGGCCAUCAGUGCCGUCUACAUGGAUUUGGAGGUCUUUCUGCAGCGGCUGGACCUCCUGGAAGACCUCAGUGCUUUCUGCCAGGGUCACAGCUGUGAUGCCCUGGUUGUCAUGAAUAUCUUUUUCAACACUCAAAAUGAGCCAGUACGGCAGUUAGCUAUUUUCUGUCCCCACGCGGCACUUCGAAUGACGAUCUGUGGAGUCCUGGAACAGUCCACCUCCCCACCCCUGAAGCUGACCCCUAUCCCAAGCAUCUCUCCUGACCUCCAAGCCUAUCUUCAAGGCAACACCCAGGUCUCUCGGAAGAAAUUUCUGCCUGUGCUCCAGGAAGCCCUGUCAGCAUAUUUUGAAUCAACGAAGAUGCCUUCAGGGCAGCCUGAGGUAGUGGGUCUGUCCAGGGAGCAGGCGGACAAGGAAUUGGACAAGGCAUGUAACUCCCUGAUGUCUGGACUGAGUCAAGACGAAGAGGACCCUCCGCUGCCCCCCACGCCCAUGAACAGCUUGGUGGAUGAGUGCCCUCUGGAUCACGGGCUGCCGAAGCUCUCAGCCGAGGCCGUCUUUGAGAAGUGUAGUCAGAUCUCACUGUCCCAGUGUGCCAGAGCCUGCCCAUCAAAUAAGUGACCGUGGGAAGAGGGGAAGUGUGGAGGGUGAUUGCCCUCCUCAAAUGCAUGUUUUGAGAUGUUCGGUCAUUUCACAACCGUGUCUGGUGCCCCAGGAUCUAGUGUACAGUUCUCAUAAAACUGGGAGGGAAGAAAGCAGCUGCUGUAAGAAUGGCUUUCUGCCUCUCCUUUCCCGUCUCUACCAGUCAGACAGGUUUUAUUUAAUUGAAUUAUUUAAUCUGCAUUGAUUUUCCUCUAUUUCGAUGGGUACGAUGUGAUAUGAUCACUGUCCUAGCUGAGCAGGACUAAAGGAAUGUAGGCCCCAUUCUAAGUGUCUUCAGAAAGACCAUGAGCAGAGCCAGUAUCUGUCAUGAAUCCAUUUAACUACUUGUCUCCAUGAAUUCACCAUUUCAUUUGUUUUAAAGUUCUUUUUGAGACAGAGACCCAUGUAGCCUAGGCUGGCCUUGAACCCCGUAUGUGUCUGAGGCUAGUCUUUUUGAAUUCCUAAUCCUCCUGAGUGCUGGAAUUGUAGUCUCUUAUUACCAUACCUGGCCUGUCUUGAACACAUGGCUGGGUUUCCUUUCUUUGGCUCCUUCUGUCUCACAGGAAGCCCAAAGAGACCCUGGGGACCUGAGGUUCUUGGGGUCACGUAGCACCCAGGACAGCUGUAGUACCUCAUAGGUACUUUUUGCCAAGAGGGCAGAACUUGAUUGGACCUUAGUGGGUCUGGCAAGUUCUUGUCCAUCUUUUUCUGGUUUUGCUCACAUUAAAGAAAGCAUAGUGUCUUCUGGUGAGACAUUUCACUGUCCUGGUCUCAUUUUCCCCGUGUAGAUGAGGGUUAGGAGUAGAUGUUCCCUGGUAUUCUGUGACCUGCCUCUUCCUGUCUUCCUUUCCCUCCUCUGCUUCUUUGUGUUUUUCCUGUC